GAAUUCAACAAAUAUUCCCAUCCGUCGUCGUUCCCGAUAGGGUUCCGAUUCCCUUUAGAUUCUCCGGCAAACAUCAAUCGGGAUUCCGAUUAACUUUUCCGAUUUGAUCGCUAUCUGGAAUGUUGAUUCAUGGCCGAGCAGCAGGGCGCGGCGAAUAGGAAGCCGCUGCUGCGGACGAUGGAUCGGGCGGGGAGGGAGAGCGGGAGGAGCGAAGACGGCGGAUUCAGGCGGGGAAACCACCGCCGGUUCGGCGAAUUCGCCGGCAGUACAGCGGCGGAGUGCGCGACGGUGUGCUGCUGUUGCCCCUGCGCGGCGCUGGAUUUCCUAGUGCUGGCGUUGUACAAGGUCCCGGCCGGCCUGUGCCGGAAGGCGUGGAGGAGGAAUAAGCGGAAGCGGCUGCUGAUCAAGAGGAGGAAGAUGCAGGCGUCGGAGGGCGCCAGCACCGCCUCUUCGCCGGCAGGCGCCGAGACGGAGGAGAUGUAUGGGUCCCACGAAGAGGCGAAUUCCGACGAAUUCGAAACGGAGAUGUGGGGCCGGUUCUACAGAGGCGGGUUCUGGAGGAGCACGUCGGAGAGGGAGGAUUGAUGUGUACAGUACAUUUAUUAUACAACAUUAUCAUUAUUAUACAAUUAGCAGAGAUUAAAAUUGCAAUUUCAUG